UUAAUAAUAGUUUUUAUUUACAUCCGCCAUCCGGAAACAAAUUUAGUCCGGUGAAGAAUCCUUAAAUAGAGCGCAGUUUACCCAAUUUUUCUCUUUCUCACACCCGAAGAUCUUUGGUGCCAUCACUUCGAGACCGCAUCGACCCCUCUCUUUCUACCCUUUCCCCCUUCCCUUUCUACGGUCUCCUCUGGUUCUGUUCCUGAUCCCCAUCUUUGAUCUCUACAUUCCUCGUAUCAUUAAGAAAACCCUAAUUUUUCCACUCCUUCCUCCCACCUUUCCCUAAACCCUAGCGGAAUCCGCCUUCUCUCCAUCUCCAUCUCCAUCUCCAUCUCCAUCUCUCUGUUUUUCUUAGCUAAUUUUAUCGAUUCCUCGCGUCUAUCCAGUAAUACGAUUUUUUAUGAUCCUGCUGCUACACGUCGUUUAAUUUGUUCAUUGUCUUCGAUAUUCCUGUUUCGAAGUCGGGGAGAGAUUGCAUGCGUGGACAGUAAACUUUACUGUUCUGGAUUGCAACUGAUAUGAGUCUACAACAGUCCAUACAUUCCAAGCCUUCUGCUAAUGGUUUUGGACGUCGUAGAGGCGAUAGGGAUGUAGGAACUAAGUUUGAGAAUAAAUUUCAGCCUGGAAAGUCAAACACCAACAGGUUAACUAAUACAAGAACACUGGCUGGCAGCAAAGACGGAAGUUUUGGGAGUUCCUCACAUGAUCGAUUAGUAUAUUUAACGGCAUGUUUUAUUGGACAACAUGUAGACGUCCAGGUUAAAAAUGGAUCUGUAUACAGUGGAAUAUUCCACUCAAGUAAUACUGACAAAGAUUUUGGAAUUAUAUUAAAAAUGGCACGCUUGACAAAGGAUACUUCUUCUCGGGGGCAGAAAACCAUUGGAGACUCUUCAAUUAAGGCACCUUCCAAGACUUUAGUAAUACCAGCUAAAGAUCUUGUGCAAGUUAUAGCCAAGGAUGUGACUGUUACAAAGGAUGGACUGUCAAAUGAAGUUCAUAGUGAAAAUAAUGAACUUCUGAUAGACUGCAUUAUUUCACAGUCUCGUCAACAUGACGCAGAAAGAGAAUUGAAACCAUGGAUACCUGAUGAUGAUGACCCUCAAUUUCCUGAGCUGGAUAACAUAUUUGAUGGUCCAUGGAAUAGGAGUUGGGAUCAGUUUGAAGUUAAUGAGAAACUCUUUGGAGUUAAAAGCACUUUUGAUGAAGAAAUUUAUACCACAAAGCUUGAGAGAGGUCCUCAAACUAGAGAGUUGGAAAAGGAAGCUUCAAGGAUUGCUAGAGAAAUAGAGGGUGAGGAUACUGAAGAUCUUCAUUUAGCAGAGGAAAGAGGUAUUGAUAUCCACGAUAAGUUUGAUAUUGAUGAGGAAACCAGAUUCUCUUCUGUAUUUCGUGGGAAGGCAGCUGAUGAUAGUGGGUUUGAUGAGAAUGAAGACAUAUCAUUCAAUUCACGUAACAUGGAAACCUUUGGGGGGCCUUCUGAUUCUGACAUUAGGUUUGCAGACACAUAUUCUGGAAAAUGCAGCGAUGUAGUGUCUGUGUCAAGCUCUUCAUCCUUGGAUCAAGCGCAACCCUCUCAGACAAAUAUUGGUGUAGAUCUAUCCAGGUCCACACCUAUUAAUUAUGCUAGACAACUGGCAUCUGAAACUUCGAGCAAAAGUUGCCCUACUUUGCAAACUGAAAGCAGGAUCCAGGACAUACAGCAUGAAGAGAAUGAUGCGGACGUGCCUGAAGAAAAGGACAGGCAGGCACUUAAUGACACUCAAUUUGCUAAAUGUGAUGAUUUGCAGCCAUUGAAGAAAGAUGGAUCCGAUGAAGGGACAUUGCCUAAUGUUGCCUCGCAUAUGCCAUCAAAGCAUAAUGAGAAGUUAAAGCCUUCUGAACUCUCUGAUGAUCCAGAACCUGGAAAAUCUCAUGGAGAAGUUCAAAUGUUGAACUCUAGUGGGCGACCUGGUAGUUCUGUAUCAUUGAAUUCAGAAUGUGCUGCGGGAACUUCUAGUGGUCCUGCAUUAUCUCCUAGCUCAUCGGUGGGAUCCCUAUCUUCUGAAAAAUCAACCCCUAAUCCUCGUGCUAAGGAAUUCAAACUCAAUCCUAAUGCAAAGAGUUUCACCCCAUCUCAAGCACCUGUUAGGUCACCUUCUCCAGCAUCAUCAUCUGAUGGUUCGUUCUACUACCAGAGCAACAUACCUGCGGUACCCCAUAUGCAUGGGUUGCCUUAUGGUGUUGGAAUUGGACCUUCAUUCGCAGGUCACCAGCCUGUUGUUUUUAAUCCAAUGGUUGGACCGAUGCAGUCACCACAUGGAUAUGUUCCGCCAAAUGGACCUCAGUAUGCGCAACCCGUGCUUCUUGGCCAUCCGAGGCAUGCCAUGUAUAUGCCGGGCUACCAACCUGAAAUGCCAUACAAGGGGCGCGAUUACUAAACAGUCCCUCUGAUGCUGCUCCGCAGUUUAAUUGCUUGUGCUUCAUUAUAAGCUGUUUGGAGGCAUUUUGCUUUGAACAGAAACUGGCAAAAGGAAGAUAAAAGGGAAAGAGAUGGAGGGAGAGAGAGGGGGGGUUGGGUUGGGUUGGGGGGGGUGUGUGGAGUCAUUUGGGAUGGGGAGGAGUUUAUAUAGCUUUCAGUUCAAUCACUUUUUCCCUCAUCCCAUGAAUUUGGUAGCUUUGAAAUUUCUCAAAAUAACCACCAAUCACAUCACAUUGUUUCCUGAUCCUUUAUUUAUCAAUCAACAGUUAAAUGUUUGGGGGUUUGGUUUGGUUUGUUUGGUCUGCCUACGGCAUUUUGCACUAUAUACUUAUGUGUCCAUUAUGCAACAUCGUAGGCCUCUUUAAUGUAAAACGCAUAAUAAUUGAAAUUUCUUAAAUACUGAUUUUUAGGUGUGCAAUAAAUGGAAAGGGUUGGGCUGGGACAGCACACUGAAUUUAAAUUA